AUCUUGAGGCUGCGAAGAUUCGUAAUAAUUUCACCAACCAGAAAGUCAACAUGAGUGCGACUGUCACCCUCCAAUGUGAUGCUGUUGGGACACCAAACCCAACAGUGGUGUGGACCAAAAACAACCAAACAAUGGAGAAGGGAUCAGGUGUGAUUCUGAACCAGCACAACCUGACAAUUCAGCGUGUGAAGAAGGAGGAUAGUGGUCUGUACACCUGCACUGCAUGUAACAGCCACGGCUGCGACUCUUCAUGGGCCUAUCUGACUGUUGAAGGUGCAGAGGAGAAGACCAAUGCGGAGCUGAUUGUUCCUAUUGGUUCAGUGGUCAUAGCCAUGUUCUUCUGGCUGCUUAUCGUCUUUGUUAUUCGUGGAAGAAAGAGACCAAACGGAGGGGAUCUGAAGACGGGCUACCUGUCCAUGAUCCUGGACUCAGAGGACAUGCCCAUGGAUGAGCAGUGUGAGAGGCUCACAUAUGAUGCUAGCAAAUGGGAGUUCCCUCGGGACAGACUGAAACUGGGUGACCCGCUGGGCCGAGGGGCAUUUGGUCAGGUGCUGGAGGCAGCUGCGUUUGGGAUCGAGAAAGCGGCCACAUGCACAACUGUUGCUGUCAAGAUGCUGAAGGACGGAGCCACCUGCAGUGAGUAUCGUGCCUUGAUGUCAGAACUGAAAAUACUUAUCCACAUCGGACAUCACCUMAAUGUUGUCAAUCUGCUUGGAGCGUGCACCAAACCUGGGGGACCGCUGAUGGUCAUUGUUGAGUACUGUAAAAAUGGAAACCUCUCCAGCUACCUGAAGAGCAAGCGUGGAGAGUACAGUCCCUACAAGGAGCAUUCCACAGUAUACUGUGGGAAGCAGAAAAAGAGGUUGAACAGCCAGAGGUGGACAUCUGCUGAGGAGGAUGUGACUGAAGGAGAUUUGGGUUUGGGACAAACUGCUCAUCUGGACAUCUGCACGGGAACAGCUGAAGACAAAGCUUCAGGCAGCACUACACACUCUCCUGAAGAGAGUUCAGUUGACAACCAUCUGACCAUGGAGGACCUGAUAAGCUACAGUUUUCAGGUUGCCAAAGGAAUGGAGUUUCUGUCCUCUCGCAAGUGCAUUCACAGAGAUUUAGCAGCCAGAAACAUCCUGCUCUCAGAGAACAAUGUGGUGAAGAUUUGUGACUUUGGCCUUGCCAGAGAUGUCUACAAAGACCCUGACUAUGUCCGCAAAGGAGAUGCCCGUCUCCCUCUGAAGUGGAUGGCUCCUGAAACCAUUUUUGACCGGGUUUACACCACACAAAGUGAUGUUUGGUCGUUUGGGGUUCUUCUUUGGGAGAUCUUUUCCCUGGGGGCAUCUCCCUAUCCGGGAGUCUGCAUCGAUGAGUCCUUUUGCCGAAGACUCAAAGAAGGCACAAGGAUGAGACCUCCAGAGUACGCCACCACUGAAAUAUAUCAGACCAUGUUGGACUGCUGGAUGGCUUGCCCUACAGACAGGCCCACAUUCGCAGAACUGGUCGAACAUCUGGGAAAUCUCCUGCAGGCCAGUGUCCAACAGGAUGGGAAGGAUUACAUUCCCCUGACAGCAGUUAAAGCAGAAGGAUGUUCAGUGUCCAUGGACCCCAGCGGAUGCUACAGUCAGCCUCACAGUGGACAAGUCCUGGAAACUCACUACAACAACCCAUCAUCCCUUGGACUGUCCCAGCAGAAUGAGCGGUGCAAUCGGUCGUUCAGCCUGAACACUAAUGAAGACAUCCCUGAAGCAGGAGCUUCUCACCACAGGGAUGUCAUGGAGGGUCACAAAGCCUGCAGAAUGGGUCUAACUCAGCAGCUACUCACCAUGCCCAACUUCAGCCAACUGCUGCGAUCCAAGAGCAAAGAGUCAGUGGCCUCGGAGUCAUCCAAUCAGACCAGUGGAUAUCAGUCAGGGUACCACUCUGAUGACAUGGACACCCCAAUCUAUGCUAAUGAGGAGAUGAUCAUGAAGCGCAACAUGCUGAAAAAGCCUCCACUUCCCAAGACACCUGAAAAGUUCAAUACAGAGAUCCGUUACAGCACUCCACCUGUCUGACACCUUCUCCCCUUCAAUGACAGAACAGUAUUUAUUCAUUCAGGUUUUACACUUCAGAACUAGUGACCUGAUAACAAUGAUAGAGGUUUGGAGACGUUCUUACAACAGGAAACCUAUGUUUUAAGCUGGUAAAAAUGAAAGCCAUAUGUUAAGUUUGUGUAGCAACUCUAUUUAUACCAAGUUUACACAGCAAGUACAAUGCCUAAGGAGCUCAAAAGAUAAGGGACAUGACCACUUCCUGAAAUGUAGUUCACUCACUUCUAUACCAGGAAGUACAGAUAUUUGAAGCAAGUGUGUUUUUUUUUCCUGUCUUUCUUUUUGUGUGCCUGAGUUUGCACAAUGAAUGGCUUUUUGGAGGAGUUCUCAAAUCAAAUGAUGAUUUCUGUAGUCUGUUUGUACAGUUCUUUUAUUCACAUUACUGACAGGAUUAUAUAAAGAGAAGAUUACAAAAUUCAAUUGUUACUGUAUUUUUUAAAUUAAAUACUCACAAAAUAAAACCAUUUAAACUUUUA